AAAUUAAUACUCUAUUAUUCAAAAGCACAAGCUUGGGGUUAAUAAUGGAUAGCCUAAACUGUUUACCACAAGAAUUUCAUUUUAUAUAUCAAUCAUCCGAAGAAUUCCAAUUUCAACAUUCAAUUCGACUUCCAUUGGAUACGAAUGUAACUCCACGUGAAUAUGGAUUCCUUUUAAUGAAACAAUAUCAUAUUCCCGAAUAUUUUGAAGAUGAUCUUAUGGAAAAAUUGCAAUCAUUCAUUGAUGAACAUAUUGAUAAGAUUCAAUGUAAUCGUAUUGAACAUGUACUCAAAAAUCGUCAAAAACUUGCCAGUAAAUCGCAGCAAUUUAUUGAAAAACUAAAAAUCUGUCCAACAUUACCUGAUGCAAAAUUACACAAUCAAAAUCUACAAAAAUCAAAAGAUAAUAUUUCAGAUGAAAAUUUUUAUUCAAUGUAUCAUAAGAUUAUUCAUUCUGGUAAAUUAACACAACAGCUUAUUCAAUUGGAAAAUCAUAAUUCUGAAGUGAUCAGAUCUUUCAUAAAUCAAAAAGAGGAAUUUCUUCGAGGUUUAUCCGAAGAUCAAAGUAAAAAAAUUGAAGAUAUUCUUCUCAGCGGUAAAUACAGCGAAAAAGAAAUCAACACACUGACAAAGGAAAAUGUUGCAUUGGCCCAAAAAAUUCGAAACGAAUGGUUGGAGAAAAUUUGCAAUAUUCGUUCUAAUCAAAAAAGAGAAUUUUAUACUUGGAUCAAAAAUAUUUACGAAGAUCUAAUGAAAGAUUCCAGUUCACAAGCAAUAGCAAAUGCCAAGACGAAUCCACUUGAUCUGAAACAUGAUUCUCCACCUAAUAUUUCGAAUGAAGAUAAAGAAAAUUCUUUCUCAGAUUUUGUUGAUAUUUCCGAUGAAUUUGAAAUGCAAGAAAGCUAUACAAUUAAUCUUGGAUCACAACUAAAAACAACACAUAAUUUGCGAUUAAUCGCAGCCAAUAUGCUUAAAUUUUGCAGUAAUGUUUUGACAGCACAUCGAAUUCAGACUGCUAUGUCACUAUAUUCAAAUUCAUUAUCCGCAGUUGUUUUGUUGGCUGAUGAAUCAUUGACAAGUUCUGCAACGACUAAAUCUGAUUUUGCUAAAAUGAUUAUGAACAGUUCGGAGAAUCAUUUUCCCGGAUUGGAUUUUCAAUUCGACUUGAUAAAAGCAGAAUUAAAUCGUUUAAAACCGGUAAAUGAACAUAAUCAAAAAAAUGGACAAAAUUAUCGUCUAAAAGCGGGUGAUGUUUAUAUCACUCGUCAUUCGAAUCUUUCAGAAGCACAUGUAGUUUUUCAUAUUGUUACCGAUGAUACGAUACGUCAUUCCGAAAUCAAUUCUCGUCAUCCUGUUAUUCUUGGUUUACGUAACAUUUUAAAAAUUGCCUACAUCUAUGACAUUUCCAACAUUUAUCUUCCGUUAUUGUUAUUGGAUCAAAUGUAUGAAGAUAUAACAAUUCAAUGGUGUCUAAAACGUGCUGAAUUAAUAUUGAAAUGUGUGAAAGGAUUCAUGAUUGAAAUGUCAUCAUUACUAUCAAUUAGUGAUAGUGAAAAUAAAACUAUCCAGUUUGUAGUACCAAAAGGAAUUUCACAAGAACUUUUCACAGCUUUGUCGUCCAUUUUUCCAACGGUAUUUCGUCUAUCAAAUCCAUUAUUUUUGACUAAGAAUGAUAAUAUGUAAAAUGAUUAUUUAUUACUAUUGUAUCGCUGAAAACUAAAAGUUUAAACAUUAAAA